UAAUGCCUGCCUUCUCCUCCUCGCUCUUCACACCCUCUCAUCGGAAUACAUAACAUCUGUCUCUUCGUUUAUGCAACUCACAAGUGUCUCGCAAUGCACAAAUCCACUUCCCCCCAACGAGAAUAAUGUGCUCGAUUUUCGCACAAUCCUGACCCAAUACGAAGGAUUUACAUUUGAAACUGUUCUCUUCGGACAAGCUUACAUUUUGGCUGGAAAAAGUUGAGUUGGUGGGAUAGAGAUUGCUCCGAGUGUUGUUUGAAGAGUAGACAGAGGAUGCCAAGGCCUGGAGCCAGACCAUAUGAAUGUAUUCGCAGAGCAUGGCAUGGUGAUGACCACCUCAUCCUCAGAGGCACCUUGAUACAGGAGAUUUUCAGGGUUGUCAAUGAGAUUCAUUGUCCAACAACAAGGAAAAAGAAAGAAUGGCAAGAGAAAUUGCCUAUGGUGGUUCUAAGAGCGGAGGAUAUUCUCUACUCCAAAGCAAAUUCAGAGGCAGAGUACAUGGACCUUAAAACUUUGCGUUCUCGUCUAAAUGAUUCCAUAAAUACCAUGAUACGGAGAGAUGUGAGUACCGAAGGUGGUCAAUUUUUGGAACCCUGCGUGGAAGCGGCUUUAUCACUGGGAUGCCUUCCAAGAAAGGGCAGUCGAGGGCAAAGGCAUAAUUCGCGCUCCUCUGAAGGUGGCAAUCAGAAACCAACAAUGGCUUCCUCACCACCUGCCAUGGGCAAUUCUAGUAACUACAAAUAUUCAGAGGAGGAAAUUAGGCUCCAGAGGAAUGGUGUUCAUCUUUCUGCAGUAAACCCUGCAUACCAUUUCUUAGAUUCUCAACGCUAUAUUUUAGCCUCUAUUCCUUCUCCACUUGUCUGUCCAGGUUCACUGCUUUGUUCUCCUAGUGUUAUCACUGUUCCUUCACAAAAUGGGUCACACCUCUUCAGCCCUAGUCUACAUAACAGAAGCCACAUUGAGACAUUGUUGAAUUUCAACCAAGGAGCAAUUCCUGCAGAAUGUUGUGCUCAGUUUUAUGAGCAAACAUAUGCAGGCACCAUCCAAGGAGGAGGGCAAGUGCAGCUGCCUCUGCCCCAACUAGGAACAAGAAGAACAGAGACCGGACCUAUUUCUAUGCCCUUGUGUUGCCCCCAGCUUUCCACGUCUACAAUUAAUGCAAUAUCUACUACAAGAGGCAUCCCUUCAUCAUAUAUGAUGAAUGUUGCUUCAAUUGCUUCAUCCUCUGGUGAAGGCACAUCAAGCUCUGCUACAUCUGCUGUUUGUUUUGUCCAUCCAGAUUUAAACUCUCAAAUUCAAGUCCCUUGUUUCAGUUCCCAGAUGAGAUGUCUCCCACAAACAGAUCCUGCAACGGAGGUAGCAGCAGUCCUCGCCUUGGAUGAACAAAAACCCAAUAUGCAUCCUCCAAGCAGACACCUACAGACUGUAACAGGGUAUACACCUACGGAGGAAAUAAGUUCAGAACAAGCACUAAACACCCAUGAUCUACAAUUACGCCUUGGGCCACCUGGAAACACAAACACUUUCUCCACCAUUGCUUAUAAAGAUCCAUGUUCCAACAAUGCCUGGACUCAAAGAGCAAAUUGAACACCGCUAAGCAAGAAUCCAAGACAAAUGACAAACUUGGCUUUCUUUCUUCCAUGAAAAAUCAGCAACCCUUCUCUAACUCUGCUCGGAGAAAGAGUUCAGUUAGAGGAGUUGUACAACAAGUGAAGGCCGCACGAUCAAACCAAGCAAUUUUGCAAUGCUCUGGAAGAGAAUUUCUGUUAAGUGGCAAUUUGCUUGAUCAUUUGGACAUAUGUGCACUGUAUUGUUGUGGAUAUACUAUAAAUGACAGAAGGUGAAAACUGUUGUAUCUGCUCUGUAAAAACUUAAAACGGUGAUAUUGCAGUCCAAUAUUUCUGAGAUCCAGAGUUCAACUUCCUCUAAAUACAUUUGUGUCAGUUCAGCUAUUGAGAUUACUUUGGCCAGUGAUUGUUUUAUCCUGUCAUAAACAAAAUGUGUUUGGGGAAGCAGAUGCUUGAUCAAGUUCUCUCGUCUUCGGCUCUUUAAGUCUCUUCUAAGUUUGCCAGCUUAGCAUGUAAAUUUCUCCUAAGCCGGCUUACAAAUUCAACGCU